GCAACAGUGGAUGUCAAGAUCUCACCUGACAGGAUGCGAAUGCCGGACUUUACCAGACGCAGUGAACUAUUAGAGGCUCGGAAACAAGACCGUCGUGCUUUGGGUCUAGCUAUCGAGCCUCCACUCUCGAGUGAGAAGAAGUAUGUGCGCUCAGAAAGAUCCUAUCGAGACUCUUACCACCCCAGCGGGGCGUUAGCUCAUAGUCCAAGACAGCAAGAACUGGAUCCUUCUCCUCAGUAUUACCACCCUCGAGCGACAUGCAGUGGCUCACCUACCAAGACAGCAUUGGCUGCUCGAAGACACCAUGAUACACAUCUGGAAAGUCUCAAGUUUGAACCGUCAGAAAUUGAACGCCUCCGGGAUAUCCCCAAGGCCGACAAGCUUGACAGGUGGUGGAAACAACCGCCUGGAUAUGUGGAAGACCCAGCGUUUUUCAAAGAUUCGCUGCGUCUCCAACUCACACGGCAUUGCAAUGAGCUAGGCCCGGUAGAUCCGGCCAAAGUCAGCUCUCCUCUAUCUGUAGACGAGCGACGGCGUCUUCGAGAAAAGAGAGGCACACUCGCAGACAAAGUGACCCACAUCACGCACCAAAUGCCAGAAGACUCAGCUCGUAUCGACAGUGACCCUGCCACUGCUCCCGACGUGCAACCACAAGGACAAGUCCGUGUUUUAACUAAAAUGUUUUUGGCGUUCAUCAUCCUUAACUUUUGUAUUUGUCAUGGCUCAGCGAGCGAACAGAACUUCUCGGACACUGCCGAUGUCUCCGAUCAAAGUUCCUGUGAAGAAACAGAAGGCUCCGCGGAGAGUAGUUGA